CUUUUUUGCGCUUCAUCAUCAUAACAGGGGUGUUUCACCCAAGCAAGAAUAGUUUGCUAAACAUGACCGUGCAUGCAUUAUUCGUUCUGCAUGAAAAACGACUUUUUAGGGUGGCCUUUGGAGUGUACGAGGCGCGCUCGCUUUCAAGAAGAAGGCAACAAAUUGCGCUAGACAAUGCUAAGCCGAAAACCGUGGACCAAAAAGUCCUGGACACGUAUAGGACAAGAAUUUUUCAGGAGGACGAUAUCAUAUACACCGACGACGAAGAGGAUGACGAUCACGGCGGCAGUAACAAUGCUCUUGGUCGAGUCAGAACCACGGACAAACAAAGUGCAUCUCAGCAGGACAGCCAAAAGAACACUUCAAGUCUUGGGUGUGAAGAUUUGAGUCGUAGCGACUUUGACGAAAAGGAUGCAUAUUGCCCGGACUCAUCAAAUAUUCAUGCCCAGCGUGCCAUUGCCCAAGCGCGUUCGCAUGCCGCUCGACUCGCUAUUGAUGACCAAGGAGGCCGCAAGAGCCCGACAGUCAGUUCUUCGGCGCUGGGUUGUAGAGGUGGUUCCUUUGAUGAUACAAUUUACGGAGGCCCAGAGUCAACCCUCAGCAGAAAAGUAUCUGGACAGGACAGUAUGCUUGUCGGAUAUGGCCACUCUUCAUUGGGGACCACAACCUUGACUCAUGAAGAACGCUGUCGCAGUUGGGCUGAUAAUACCCCGAGUUUGUAUGAGGCUUAUGGCGAUGAGAGCGACAGUAGCCAUGGCCAUGACCAGGAGGAGUACAAAUCGCAUGCGCAUGAAGGAUGGACAAAUCUGAAGAUCAGCAUGAUACAGCUCACGGAUGGAAAAAAGGAGACAGGAACAGACAUUGCAGCAAAGGCUGGAGAAAAAUCUGGCGCGCCGGACGACGCUCGACAAGAUUCAUCUCCUUCUUUACCUUUCAUACCGACAGCAACAACACGCAGUGAAAGGUGGGCGGAUUUUCCAGUCGUGUCCACAGCGGCGACAACUAGAAGAAGAAGUACCGGAACACUUUUAUCCGACAACUUGCACUCACAACCAAGGCUUAGGCGCAAGAGCGCAUUCAUCCUGCCGCGCAAUAUCGAAACCAACCUGCCAGUCCUGCGCAUCGUCCCCUCUCAAGAAGUAACCUCCCCUACAGUCUGUGGAGAUAAUCUCAGUUCUGCGGGUCCAAGUACAGCAGGAUUCCUUCCACCAGCUGGUUGGGGUGGAGAGCGUCGUCGAUCCAGUCUAAGCACUGUGGCGGUACCUGAAGAUGGAAGAGGAGUUGAGCAGGCGAACUGGGCAGGACCACAAGGACAGACACUACGCCGGUCAUCCAUUCAGGUUCAUAGAGUCGGCACUCCAAACUUGUUUCCAGUAGCUACAGCAGUGAACGACAAACACGAAUCAGGGAGUGACAGCGAAGGAGGUGAUGCACGAAGUGAUGAACGAGGUAUGGAGCGAAUCGGUGACGCGUCUCUUAAAGGCAAGAGGGUAAAGAGAUCAUUGAAACAGACGCAUAGGAUUUGUCUGGAGAAACAGGCGGCCCAACUUCAGGAUAAACCUACGAACCCGACACCCAAGCGAAAAAAGAUAAUGAGAGUAGUAAAUAUGGACCUCAUCUCAGAGCACAAGAUGCAUUUUUCAAUGGUCGGAAUGGACUUGCCGGGUAUAUACACGCCAACAGCAGGAGAGUUCUCACGACUAUCCUUGGACGCCGACGGCUUUAGUGUGGAGCCCAAAAGCCACUUGCGCCCAGAGCGGAAGCAGCCACGCCUGCCAGACAGCACCAACGACGGAAGGGGGGUCGAGGAACUGUAUGAUAGUGACAGCCAGUCUGACAGCAUAGGCAGUGAGCGAACGAGUACAUCAAGUGCACGUUCACCAGAUCGCCAUCCAUCACCGUACCCUCGACAUAGGGAAAAGGACCUCACAGCAGCCACGACCGAUGCCAAUGCUAAGGAAUUAGCAGUAACAAAAGACGCCUUAUUGUCCCGGCUGUUAUCCCCGUCUUCGGCUUUGACGGAAGUUAUACAGCGAGCGCCCAUAAAGAGGCAGAAGAAACGACGCUACGAUCCGUGCGCAAUUUGCUUGGACGAGUACGAGGUCGGCGAUCAGCUGCGGGUGUUGCCAUGCAACCACUUUUUCCACAGCGAGUGCAUAGAUCCGUGGUUCAAGGAGAUGCGCGCCAUUUGCCCAGUUUGCAAGAGGGACUACUCGAAAGUUUAUCCGGUGGGUGUGACCUCGGCAGCCGCUCGAAAUCCAACAGCUGUAGCCAGCGGCGGAUCGUCUUCGGGUAUAAUAAGGCUUCUGUCGCCUUUGGCUCUUUUUGCAGCCGGUACAUCUGGUAGUACGCAUUACUGGUAUACAAGAGAGGCCAACAUGUACGUGCACACGUAGGACAAAAUAAAUUUUUGGGUUCGCGACGUUUAGAUCGGAGGGGGCCUAUGCGCGAUGCACAGCACCGUCGCCUCCAAUCAUUCUGAGUCUAGACUCCAUGGCCGCUUCUUCAUUAAAAUUAUGUCACUUCAAAG